GAGAGCAAAAUAGUCUUUUGGUAUUUUCUUCACUUCUUUCUCUGUAUAAAAGUUUGGCCAUAACUGAUGUAAGCCUGCUACUUUAGUAGUAGUAUAUACCUUUGAUCUUUGAACCAAAACAGCAAAGCAAGAAAAAAGCCAUAAUACCCUUUGUUUCUCUUUCUCUUCAAACUAAAUAAGAACCCUAUUUCAGACCCCAUCUCACCACAAAAACAGAAGCAUGGGGACAGAUAGAGAGGUAGCAGAAAUGAGUUCAACACUAAAACUUCCUUUGUUUUCAGUAGAGUCAUCAACAGAGGAUUUAGGGAUGCUAACUCCUCUUCACACUUUAGCUUCAAUACCUUUUAAAUGGGAAGAAGAACCUGGAAAACCUCGUCCAUGCACUGAUCUUAUCCCUCUUCCAAACUCCAUAUGUUUAGAACCACCUCCUCGGCUUUACAAUAUGGAAUUUUCCAAGACAUCUUCUUCUCCUACAACUGUAUUUGAUGGACCUUAUAUUACCAGCAAACCUAAAUUUUCUUCAUUCAGGUUGUUGAGGAAGGACCGUCGUCAUCGUCGACAAGGGUCUUUUGAUAGUAGUACUAGUUCUGAAACAGGACAACUUAGUACUACACUACUUGUUCUUGGUAACAAGAAAUCGGAAAGCAAAAGCUGGUGGCGCCGGCCGACUACUCAUGUUAAACAUAAAGGUUGUGAUAUUAAUAGUGGUUUUGUGUUUCCAUCUUCUAUAGAUUCAACAGAUUGUGUUAGUCUCAAUGAAGAAUGCAGCAGUUCCAGUAUAAAAAUGGGAACACUUAGAAGAAGUAGCAGUUUCUCAGGUCACUCGCACGCUAAGACUCGCAUCUGGGCAGCUAUAUACGAGGGUUUCAAGCAGGUAAUACCAUGGAAGAGCAGAAAGUCGAAAAAAGAAGCGCUAAUUGGCUAACUUUCAACAAUAGCUGUUACGUUUAUUAAAUGAAGACUUGAUGUAUGCUUUCUCUAGUCAUUUAAGUACUCCUGGUUAAAUAAGCAGGAGAUAUAAAAACAAAUGCACUGUGACUCUUGCCUGAAUGUUGUAUUCUACUAUCUUUAGCCUUAAAUUUCACCAGAACAAGUUGUAAAUUUAGUAUGAGAUCAUUUUCUGGAUGCCAUUGUCACUUGUGCUUGCAAUGAAGUGAAUAUUUACAGUUCA